AUGUCGCUUCGAUCACUCCCAAUUCGGCCAGGUCAGAUUCGAACAGUCUCACUUGCAUUGAGGGCAUCGCAUAUCUCCAAUUUCGGAAUUCGGAGGUCGAGUACGGCCCCUGCAACCAUUGCCGAUGGCCAAUUCUGGCGUUCUUUAAUACCGAAGCCUUUGCGGAAGGAAAAUCGACAAUUGAGAAAAAAGUCCAAAGAAUGGAACCCCACAACAUUUUUCAUUGUUAUAUUCCUUUUUAUUGGAUCAAUGUCGAUACAGAUGAUUGCGCUACGAAAUUCCUUCGAUCGAUACAUGCGACAAUCAGAGGCUAGGAUUACGUCUUUGCGGGAAGUUGUUGAAAAAAUCCAGAGGGGAGAAACGGUUGAUGUCGAGCAAGCACUCGGCACUGGUGAUCCAGGAAGAGAGGCCGACUGGGAAGAGAUGCUCAAGGCCAUCGAACGCGAUGAAGCAAGUCGCAAAGCGAAGCGGGAGAAGGCUGAGCGAACUGAAUCUUCAACCGUAACUACAGCGCCAGUUGCCGAGGUACAGAAAACGGAGCCCGCUCAGGCUGCAUCAGCAAAGGCAAAAAGCGGAAGUCUCAAAAAUUUCUUCUAA